AUGGCCCGACCGGUCGAGCAAAACGCGAUAGUGAUAUCAGAUGGCGAGACAGUAUCAGAAAUUGACGAACCUCGACAUUCAAGCAGCAAAACCCUUGGGAAACGAAAGGUUGAUGUCGAUUUUGAGGAGAAGGAAGUCUGGGAUGCCGAUUCCGAUGUGGAGCUGCAUAGGCCCAAGAAACAGAAGUGGCGGCGUGCUGCAACUGGAAAGGGGAAAAAAGACAAGUCGAAGGGCAAAGGGCGGCCGUCCAAGAAGAGCGGCGUUGUGAAGAUCGACGACACAGAGGAAGAGGACGACCUCGACGUUGCGGAAGCGCCAGACUAUCUGAAAGAACGAAGAAAACAGUUCGACCAGACCCGAGAAAGACUGCAGGAAGCGGGACUUUUGUUACCACCAGACUAUUCCGACGUUGGCUUUCCCGAAGACGAUCGACCACAGAUCCUCGAGCGGCGUCCCCAUUUCGACGAGGGCACCAAGAUCAAGCCCUGCAGACCCUAUGAAGAUGUCGAGCUUGAGUACUCGGCAGGCAUCAUACCGGCUUCUAUUGCCCAAUACCUGCGCGAGUAUCAGAUCGUCGGCGUCAAGUUUCUGCACCGACUUUUCGUCUACCAAAGAGGAGGGAUUCUUGGAGAUGACAUGGGCCUCGGAAAGACGGUUCAGGUCGCCACGUUCCUCACGGCAGCUUUCGGCAAGACUGCCGACGAGCGGGACAAGAAGCGUCUGAAGAAGAUCCGCGACGUGUCAGGUCGUUGGUAUCCGACAGUUUUAAUCAUUUGUCCCGGAUCCAUUAUCGAGAAUUGGAAGAACGAGUUGAAUCGCUGGGGCUGGUGGAAGGUUGACGUUUUCCACGGCGCAGGGAAGGAGGAUGUGCUGUCCGCUGCCAGAGCAGGCCGGAUAGAGAUCAUGAUCACAACCUACUCGACGUACAAGAACCACAAAAGCCUGGUCAACACUGUCAAGUGGGACGCGGUCGUCGCCGACGAGUGUCAUCAAAUGAAGGAAAGGAGCUCCGAAGUCACCAAAGCGAUGAACGACGUGAACGCGCUUUGUCGCAUCGGCUUGACGGGUACGGCGAUCCAGAACAAGUACGAGGAACUGUGGACUCUCUUGAACUGGACCAACCCUGGCCACUUUGGCACGCUAUCGGAGUGGAACACCACCAUCACCAGACCUCUGACGCGGGGCCAGUCCCACGAUGCGACCCUCAACCAAUUGCGCGACGCCCGGACCACUGCGAGGAAGCUCGUUACGAACCUACUGCCAGGUUUCUUCUUGCGCAGGAUGAAGACGCUGAUCGCUCACCAGCUGCCCAAGAAGAGCGACCGAGUCGUCUUUUGCCCCCUCACAGAUCAGCAGCAGGAGACGUACAAGAAUUUCAUCAGUAGGCCUGAUGUCGAACUUCUGCGCACCCUAUCUGACCCGUGUGAAUGUGGCUCUGGCACCAGGCAAGGGUGGUGUUGUCGGAAGAAGCUGGACGACGGCACCGGAUGGCAGUCCAUCAUAUUCCCCUGCGUGACCACGUUGCAGAAACUGUCAAAUCACCUCACUCUUCUGAUUCCUGCUUCUGGAAACGAGCAAGAUGACAAGCACAAGAGAGAAAUGCGCACGCUUCAGACCUGCUGCCCAGACACGUGGGAAUACCUCUACAAGAAUCGCGAUGCCAUCAUGAACCUGGCCAACCCAGAGUUCUGCGGUAAAUGGAAGGUCUUGAAGAAGCUCCUCAAGUUUUGGCAUGACAGCGGCGACAAAGUGUUGGUCUUCUCGCAUAGCGUCCGCUUGCUUCGGAUCCUGCAGCAUCUGUUCCACAACACUAGCUACAGCGUCACAUAUCUGGACGGAUCGGUCAGCUACGAGGAUAGACAGAAGGCCGUGGAUGAUUUCAACUCUGACCCAACUCAAUUUGUCUUCUUGAUCUCGACCAAAGCCGGUGGCGUUGGUCUGAACAUCACUUCGGCGAACAAAGUCGUCAUUGUCGAUCCUCACUGGAAUCCCUCAUAUGAUCUACAAGCCCAGGAUCGAGCAUACCGCAUCGGCCAAGUUCGGGACGUUGAUGUUUUCCGGCUAGUCUCUACCGGAACCAUUGAGGAGAUUGUCUACGCGAGACAGAUCUACAAGCAGCAGCAGGCAAACAUUGGCUAUACAGCUUCAUCCGAGCGUCGUUACUUCAAGGGUGUCCAGCAGGACUCCGAACGCAAAGGAGAGAUCUUUGGAUUGGAGAAUCUCUUCACUUACCGGGAGAACCAGCUCGUGAUCCGUGACAUUGUCAACAAGACCAACAUUGCAGAGGCGAAAGCCGGGACCGGCAUUGCGAUGACAAGUGUCGAUAUGGAGAAACUUGCCAAAGAGGAAGGUGAGGAGUUGGCUAAGGUGAAGCCAGAAGCUGCGGAUUCAGCGGAAGACGGUGACAUGGGCCAACUUGCCGCGUUUCUGGCCGCCAAGACUGGCGAAAAAGCAAAUAAUCAACAGGCCAAGAGUGAUGCCGUCCAGGCCAUCCUCUCCGCGGCGGGCGUCGAGUACACGCACGAAAACUCGGAAGUAGUCGGUACCUCCAAAAUUGAGGAGCAGCUAUCGCGCAAGGCAGAGAUGGCCGCCAGCUCCGAUAUCGAGGGGGAAGGCGAUAGCGCUCUAUUCGCGGACAGUCAAGUGUUUGAUGCGCAGGCGCAGAAGCUCAAGGGUUUCUCGUACGUCUACAACCCGCCAGAGGGCGCCAUGAGACGGCAGUUCUGCUCCAUGGCGCGCGAGUUUGGGUUCGCGAGCGCCACGGAGUUUGCGCUGGUCGUCGGCAGCUGGACGCAGGGGCAGAGGCGGAACUGCUUGGAAGCGUUUUACAAGAUCCGCGAGGGCAAGCUGUUGGCGGAAGAGACUGUCAAAGCUGAGAUGCAGGCGGAGGAGACGGCUGUGAAGGCGGAAGUGAAAGCUGAGGGGAAGGAUGCGCCUGGUACUCGAGUCAAGAUUGAGAUGAAGAAGGAGAACGUGGUGAUUGUCGAUAGUAGUGCGGAGACGGAGGACGAGGACGAAGGUGUCAGGGAGCCCGAGGUCAAGAAGGAAGACGACACAGAGAAGAAGCCGGCGGUCAAGAUCGAGAACGGCGGUGUUCUCAAGCGGACACCGAUUUUCAUCUACGACACUGACGAAGAUACAGAUGAACUUUGA